AUGACUGAUAAUGUAGAUCUCAUGAAUAAAUUCAAAAAGACUCACCCUAUUCAAAUUGUGAGUACAGUUAUAAGUGAUGUUGACUACACUGGUAGUUUGCUUCCAGCUUCAAAAGCAUUCUCAAUCAUUAAAGGGGAGGAAGUAGAAGGUGCUAAGAACACCGUAAAGUACGAUUGUUUCAUGAUCACGAGUGAUGAGGACUUGCAGGUCAUGUUUCAUUGUCGCCGGCAGUUUUCAGAGGUUCGGACACCAGAACUGUUGGCAAAGUUGGUUGACGCGGUGUCCAGCUCGGGAGGUUCAAACCGGAAUACCACCACUUUAGCCACGGUAGCCGGUUCUAGCUCCAGACCUGCCGUUGUAUCUUCCUCCGUCCCUGCGUACAAGCCACCCGUCCAACCUGUCGCCUCCCCUUCGUUCGCUGUUGAUCUCAUCGGCAGUGUAGGCGACGAGGUCGGUGAAGGUGGGUAUCUGCCGACAUCUUUACAGUGUGCUGCACCGGCUGGGGUUGGAGAUGGAUUCUUGGAUGAUCCAGAGGACGAUCAUGUCGAGCCGGAUAUGAUUGCUGAUGACAAUGGCGAUGAUGUUGGAGAGGGGGUUGCUGGGCAGACGACUGAAUUUGGCGCUAGAGAUGCUGAAGGGUCUGCAGGUCUGACAGAGUUUCAGGUUGGUCAGCAAUUUCCAGAUAAAGAAGAGGCCCUGUUAAGUGUCAAGACUUACAGCAUCCGGCGAGGGGUACAGUACAAGGUCGUGGAGUCCGACUAUCGCCGGUAUGUGGGCAAGUGUUCUGAGUUCGGCAAUAGGUGCACAUGGUUGAUUCGGCUCAGUCUCCGACAACGCAAGGGGAUUUGGGAGGUCAAACGUUACAACGGACCGCAUACUUGUCUCGCCACCUCCAUUUCAGAGACCACAGGAGUUUGGAUUACCAUGUCAUAUCGGCAUUCAUUAUGCCAAUGGUGA